AUGGUGAUUGAGAAGCUCAGUUUGACUUGUGAUAGACUCCUGUCACACUGUCAGCUAGCAUGUUGUCACUCUUAUUGUGCUAUACCAAUGCAUGGCAAGGAAAUAUUGAUUUACAGUAUCAUGGACGUAGAGCAGCAGCCUCUGCUGCUAACUGGCCACCAUGGUGAGAUCACUGCCAUGACCUUUGGGAAACGAAGUGGACCUGUUCUCUGCUCUGCCUCUGCUGACUAUAUCAUUGCCUGGGAUAUUGAACUGUGCCAGAAGAAAACACAGGCGGGUAAAGUUGCAGCGGGAAGAGUUAUCGGGACUUUACUGGGUGAAGUCGUCCACCUUUCAUUCUGCUUCUCUGAUCAACGAGUGGCAGCAUGCUCAGGAACAACUGUAUAUAUUCUCAGCUCAAAGGAGCAUGAUGUGAUCUCUACCUUGACCAGCCAUCUUGGACCUUUAACAUCCGCAGAGUUCUGUCCCUGGAAUAAAGACAUUCUUGUUACCACAUCAGAGGACCGCACUUUUAAGGUGUGGGAUUUAAAAACCGAAGCUGUUUGCUACCAGUCUUUUGUGCUUUCCGCCUUUCCACUGCUCAGUGUGUUGUUUUUGGAGGAGAACAAGCACCUUAUCACUGGCUCAGUUGAUGGACAGCUGUGGUGCUUUUCUCUCCCUGAUGACCACAAGUGUGACCUGGUGACCAAAAUGGACCUCCAGAAGAUGGAAAAAAGACAUCAAAUGCACAAAGGGACUGUGAGCCAUCAAGCAGAGUUGGCAGAACGAUCAGCUGUAGAUAACGUAGAGACUUCAAAACCUGUCCUCAGAAUGGCUCUUUGUUGCUCAUUCACUGGCACCAGUAGUGAUCGUGAAAAGGACAACAGCUGGUUAUGUAUUGGAAGCUCAGAUGGCCUGUAUGUGGUGGAUCUGGCUUCCUCAGAGCUCCUAACAGCACUAUAUUUCAAAGAUUACCCCGGCUUGAGUAUCGCAAUGGCUGGGUCAUGGUCAAUUUCUCCAGGGUGGGAUAACUCUAUGGUGUUUUUAGUGAGCUCCUUGCUCACUCCAUGUGUGGUCCUGUUGGAGUUACGUCUGUGUGACCUCGAGAGGGCCUGGGCAUGCGGUGAAGGUUUUUCAGUGUUCCCGAGUUCUCCUCCGCUGCUUGAAUCUCCCCUGAAUGCUCAGUUAAAGAAGAAGGAGCCCGAGCAUCCUAAAAAGAAAGGAGGAAUAAAGGAGCAGCCGCUGGUUUUCCACUCGAAAGUGAAGUCAUCUGGAUAUAGCAGUGCCCCGAGAAGAACUAUGUUUUCGCCUAAAACAAAUAUCCAGAAGAAUCCUUCCUCCAAGAAGUCCAACAAAAAUACAGGUUCACUCCUCAGAGAUUAUCCAGCAGACAGUGCAGCACCUACAAUUCCACACAUUCAUCUCAGCAUUGUCAACAAACCAGUCCACUGCCUUCAGUAUUCAGGUGACGGAAAAAAAAUCCUGUGUGGUCUUGGCGACAGCUCGGUGUUAUUGUACAAGUCCUCCCUUAAUGGCAAUCCAGCUGUCUACACAGGGCAUGACAAGCCAGUGAGCAGUGUGAGCUGGAGUCUCAACAGACAGUGGUGGCUGAGUGCGUCAGAGGACGAGUCACUACGAAUCUGGACCCAUGGCAGCCCAGAGCCUGCCAUUAUCAUGGGUGACAGUAUGUUCUCCAAACCCAUAAGAAGUGCUCAGUUUUAUUACCUGGACAAAUUUCUGCUUCUGGCAUCGGGGCCAUCUCUAUACUUGUACCUGUACAAUGUGGACGUCACACAUGAUGACAUCAAAAGAUAUCAGCAACGGAGUGUUGUCAAAUUAGCCAGAUGCUUUACGACAACACCAGCAACAGACAUCACUGCCUUGUCUGCAAUUAAUGACUUCUUCUCUCACAUCGUUCUGGCGUGUGGCUCAGAUCGGUCCAUUCAAGUAUUUGACAUGAACAAAGGUACAGUUGCCUCAGUGCUGCCUGAUGCCCACAGCAGAGCCGUCCACUGCAUUACACAGAACAAGGGCACCAUGUUCAGCACACAAACACCAGACUCAUACAACCUCUUCCUCACCAGUGCAGUCACGGAUGGUGUGAAGAUUUGGGAUCUUCGUACACUGAGGUGCGUACGGCGUUAUGAGAACCACAUAAAUCGCUGCCAUCCGUGCUCUUCAGCCAUCUCACCCUGCGGACGCUUCAUUGCCUCAGGCUCUGAGGAUAACUGUGCCUACGUGUAUGAUAUCCGUAGCAGCAGGUACCUCCACAAACUUCAAAAACACUCGGACACUGUCCUGAGUGUGACUUUCAACCCUGCCACACCAGAGCUGCUGACUGGGACCCUGGAUGGGAAACUGAGACUGUUUCAGUCCAGCAGUGGGGUCUGUCUGUCUCAUGACACCAGUGCUGAGUACAGCAUCCCCCACAUGAGUGCUUAAUUACAG